AUGAAAGGCCUCCUCAGCCUGACUCUGCUCCCGUUGCUGACGGUUGCGUCACCCAUCGUCGUGGACUCCAUCCACAACGAGGCAGCUCCCAUCCUGUCAUCCGUGAAUUCCCAGGAGAUCCCGGACUCCUACAUUAUCGUGUUUAAGAAGCAUGUGGACUCGUCGUCCGCCGCUGCUCACCACAUGUGGGUGCAGGACAUCCACUCGGCCCAGACCGGCACCAGCCGCCAGGAGCUCAAGAAGCGAGGCCUGUUCGGCUUUGAUUCCGAGGCCUUCCUGGGCCUGAAGCACACCUUCCAUAUCGCGGGCUCUCUGAUGGGAUAUGCUGGCCAUUUCCACGAGGAUGUGAUCGAGCAGGUUCGCCGCCAUCCGGAUGUGGACUAUAUCGAGAAAGACUCUGAAGUCUGGAUUAAUGAAGAACCGGCUCUAGAGAAGAACGCCCCUUGGGGUCUGGCUCGUAUCUCUCAUCGGGACAGCCUCUCCUUCGGAACCUUCAAUAAGUAUCUGUAUGCUGAGGAUGGCGGAGAGGGUGUGGACGCGUACGUCAUCGACACCGGUACCAACACUGAGCACGUUGACUUCAACGGUCGUGCUCACUGGGGCAAGACCAUCCCGGAGAACGAUGAGGACGCUGAUGGCAAUGGCCACGGCACUCACUGCUCGGGCACCAUCGCUGGCAAGAAGUACGGUGUUGCCAAGAAGGCCCACGUCUACGCUGUCAAGGUUCUGCGGUCCAACGGCUCCGGUUCCAUGUCCGAUGUUGUCAAGGGUGUGGAGUGGGCCGCUGAUGCGCACGUCAAGAAGGCCAAGGCUGCCAAGGAAGGCAAGGCCAAGGGCUUCAAGGGCAGCGUUGCCAACAUGAGCUUGGGCGGUGGCAGCUCGCGCACCCUGGACCUGGCCGUGAACGCCGCGGUCGAGGCGGGCAUGCACUUUGCCGUCGCUGCUGGCAACGACAACGCCGACGCCUGCAACUACUCCCCCGCUGCGGCGGAGAACGCCGUCACCGUCGGUGCCUCCACCCUGGGCGACGAGCGUGCCUACUUCUCCAACUUCGGCAAGUGCACGGACAUCUUCGCUCCUGGCCUGAACAUCCUCUCUACCUGGAUCGGCAGCAAGUAUGCCGUGAACACCAUCUCGGGCACCUCCAUGGCCUCGCCUCACAUCGCCGGUCUGCUGGCCUACUACGUUUCCCUGCAGCCUUCUCAGGACUCGGCCUACGCGGUCGACGAGAUCACCCCGAAGAAGCUCAAGGAGGCACUGAUCACCGUUGCCACCGUGGAUGCUCUUUCCGACAUCCCGUCCGACACUCCCAACCUCCUUGCCUGGAACGGUGGUGGUUCUGCCAACUACACCCAGAUCCUGGCCGACGGUGGCUACAAGGCUGCCAGCCCCAUUGAGGACCGCAUCAACCAGCUGGUCGACAAGGCCGAGAAGCAGCUCGGCGCGAUCUACAGCGAGAUCAAGGACGCUGUGGCUGCGUAG